UUAUGUCAUCCACCAAUCAGAGGCGGCGGCUGCGGCCACAACGCAGGUUCGUGCGGCGCCAUAUUGGAUAUUCCUCCUCUUACUGGUUCUUCCCGGUACGUCUGCCUGUUCUUAUCGUCCAGCCUCUGGGCGUCUCUGCUCCGCGGGCACAGGUAUGAGGGAUGCGAGCGACGCACCGCGCUGUCACCAACGUACGCUCCGCAGCGCUUUGUUCCUCGGGGCAGCGGCACCUCGUUACCGGGCGGAGGAAUCAGGUUAGAGACGCACCUGAGGAGCGGGGCUGAGGAAGUGGCAUGCAGGUUGAGGAAGAAAUAAUUGGAUUGAGAUAACUCCACCGAGGCAAGAUGUUCACGCUCACGGAGGUUGCGUCCUUGAAUGACAUUCAGCCGACAUACCGCAUCCUAAAGCCAUGGUGGGACGUCUUCAUGGACUACCUGGGGCUAGUCAUGCUCAUGCUGGCCAUAUUCGCCAUGACCAUGCAGAUCACUAAGGACCAGGUGGCAUGCCUUCCUUGUCUGGAGGACCCAGACGAGGCCUCAGGAGCUAAACCUGACUCGUUCCCUCAGCAGCCCGCACAAGAAACAGCCUCAGCUGCAUCCACCGGGGCCCCAGUGGUAUCAACCAUCCCCUACAUCACCAAGGAUUUACCGGAUGAAGCCGUCCACGAGAUCCAUGUCACACACCAACAUACUGCGGUAAUGUCUGACAAAUAUGCCAAUCAACCUGCACCAACAGGGAUCAGGACCAAUCUGGACUAUCAACAGUAUAUCUUCGUCAACCAAAUAUGUUACCACGUUGCCUUGCCCUGGUACUCCAAGUACUUUCCAUACCUCACGCUCAUCCACACUAUUGUUCUCAUGGUCAGUAGCAACUUUUGGUUCAAAUACCCCAAAACAAGCUCGAAGAUUGAGCAUUUUGUUUCUAUUCUGGGCAGAUGCUUUGAGUCUCCCUGGACAACCAAGGCUUUGUCUGAAACUGCUUGCGAGGACUCGGAGGAAAACAAGCAGAGGCUGACCGGCACCUCCUCAGUACCAAAACAGGUAUCUUUAGAGGGGAAGGACGAGAGCACGAGCGUCACCUCAUCCACUCCCAUGCUUGGGGUGAAGUUUUCUGCAGAUAAGCCCAUAGCGGAGGUCCCUAGUAGUAUGACAAUCCUGGACAAAAAAGAUGGGGAGCAGGCAAAAGCCUUAUUUGAGAAAGUGAGAAAAUUCAGAGCUCAUGUGGAGGACAGCGACUUCAUCUACAAGCUUUAUGUAGCACAGACCAUUGUCAAAACCGUUAAGUUUAUUUUGAUAUUGUCCUACACUUCAACCUUUAUGGCUAAGAUUAAUUUUAAGCACAACUGUGAGCCUGAUAUCAAACAGCUCACAGGAUACAGACUGUUCUACUGUACACACAACAUGGCGUUCAUGCUGAACAAGCUGCUGAUCAGCUACAUGGCUUUGAUUUUGAUCUAUGGCAUGGCGUGCUUGUACUCACUUUUCUGGGUGUUUCGGCGACCCUUGAAAGAGUACUCGUUCGAGAAGGUCAGGGAGGAGAGCAGCUUUAGUGACAUUCCUGAUGUCAAGAACGACUUUGCAUUCCUCUUACACAUGGUUGACCAAUAUGACCAACUCUACUCCAAGCGCUUCGGGGUCUUCUUGUCUGAGGUCAGUGAAAACAAGCUGAGGGAGAUCAGCCUCAAUCAUGAGUGGACCUUUGAAAAGUUGAGGCAGCUUGUGAGCCGUAACACACAGGACCAGCAGGAGCUGCACCUUUUCAUGAUCUCCGGACUCCCCAAUGCAGUGUUUGACCUCACAGACUUGGAGGUGCUUAAACUGGAGCUGAUUCCUGAGGUGCGGUUCUCUGCAAAAGUCUCUCAGAUGACCAGCCUGCAGGAGCUUCAUCUCUGCCACUGCCCGGCCAAAGUAGAGCAGACAGGCUUUGCUUUCCUCCGUGACCAUCUUCGCUGCCUUCACGUCAAAUUCACAGAUGUUGCAGAGAUCCCCACUUGGGUGUAUCUGCUAAGGAGUUUGAGGGAGCUAAACCUCAUCGGCAACUUGAGCUCGGAAAAUAAUAAAAUGAUUGGUCUUGAGUCCAUGCGAGAUUUGAGGCAUUUAAAGACAUUAUGCCUGAAGAGCAACCUCACUAAAAUGCCCACAAACAUCACAGAGCUUUCGCCACACUUAAUAAAAUUAGUCGUGCACAACGAUGGUACGAAACUGGUGGUACUCAAUAGUCUAAAAAAGAUGACAAGUCUGAUUGAACUGGAGCUGCAGAGCUGCGAACUAGAGAGGAUUCCCCACGCUAUUUUCAGCCUGACCAACUUACAGGAGCUUGACCUUAAAUCUAACAACAUCCGCACCAUAGAGGAGAUCAUCAGCUUCCAGCACAUCAAGAGGCUGACGUGCCUGAAACUGUGGCACAACAAAAUAAUCACCAUCCCAUCCUCCAUCGGGCAGGUCAAAUCCCUGGAGUCACUCCACCUCUCGCACAAUAAGCUGGAGUCUUUGCCUCCGGCCUUGUUCACACUACCCAAACUGCGACACUUGGAUGUCGGCCACAACUCCAUCUCGGUGUUGCCUCCAGAUAUCGGCCUCCUCUACAACCUCCAGCACCUGGCCAUCAACUCCAACAAGCUGGAAGUGCUGCCCAAGCCUCUGUUCAGGUGCACCAAGCUGAAGGUGCUGUGUCUGGGGUACAAUGAGCUCCAAGUGCUGCCGGAGACCGUGGGUCAGCUGGUGCAGCUCACUCAGCUGGAGCUCAGAGGAAACUGUCUGGACAGGCUGCCCGCCCUGCUUGGAAACUGCCGCCUGCUGCGCAAAAACGGCCUGGUUGUGGAGGACCACCUCUUUGACACACUGCCUGGGGAAGUCAAGGAGAGCAUCAGCCGAGAGACCAACGUGUCCUUCACGAGUGGCUUAUAGCACAGGAACACAGACAGGCCUGCAGCUCUGGUGGUUCUUAAAAUGUCAGUGUAACGGAUGGAAAAUACUUUUUAUUAUUGUAAUAUCAACCAAAAUUAAUGCAUUUUCUUGAUUGUUUUUCAUGGGUUGUAUUUGCUGAUGUAGAACAAAACAUAUUCCAUUUUUUUGUUGCUGAGUAUGUGUCUAAUUGAGCAGUUUGUUUUUGCCUUUAGCUUUUUCAUAGCUUUCAUAGAGGAAUUGAAAUUUAGCUCCUUUAUAGACCAACACUGUUUGCUCCAGUGACACAGUAUGUAGACGUAUCAUUGUUUUAGGUACUCAGGUAUAAUUGUUACCAUGGGGAACAAUCUUUUGCCUUACCUGCUGCUACACACGCUUAAGGCCAAAUAGAAAUAUUAAAUUCUUUCUUGUUAGUUUUUAUCCACAUAACAAUUUCUUUGUUGGGAAAGCAGACACAAUACAGUGGUCUUUUCUUGGUUUUAUUUAACUUUUGUUGAAUUGAUAUAACCUUUAUUUUCCUUGAUGUCUUAUAGCAAAUUGAAUGAGCAUAUGGUUGUAAACCUCAGGUGGAGACUAAGCACCAGAAAUAAACCUUUACUGUUGUAGAGAUUGUAUACAUAGGCCUAUAGCACUACAAAUAAUCACCAUCCCAUCCUCCAUCGGGCAGGUCAAAUCCCUGGAGUCUCUCCACCUCUCGCACAAUAAGCUGGAGUCUUUGCCUCCGGCCUUGUUCACACUACCCAAACUGAGACACUUGGAUGUCGGCCACAACUCCAUCUUGGUGCUGCCUCCAGAUAUCAACCUCCUCCACAACCUCCAGCACCUGGCCAUCAACUCCAACAAGCUGAAAGUGCUGCCCAAGCCUCUGUUCAGGUGCACCAAGCUGAAGGUGCUGUGUCUUGGGUA